UUUUUGUUUGUAUGAUUUUUUUUGUUUGUUUGUGUUUAGAGUCUGAGGCUCAUCAGUAUUAUCAGAGCUGCUGAAAGUCUUUAUUUUGUGUGUAUAGUUCCUGUGUUUUCUACAUUCAUUAGCCCAGAUUAAGUUAAAUUUGGUGUCUGCUGACUUGAACACAUAUUGUCACAAACAAGAUAUAAUGUGAUGUUUAUUUCCUUAAUCAGUGUAAAUUGAUCAGAUUUCUCUGUUUAUUCCUCUAAAGAUCUGCCGUCAUCAGUGAAAGACAAAGACAGAGUUUAUUGAAGGACAGUGAGAAGAUGAGUGAUCCAGAACCCUGCAGAAUUAAACAGGAAGAGGCUGAAGGACUAAUAGACCUUAGUGAAGACGUGAAAGUCCACCCUAAUGUUCAAACCAAGAUGUUUUUAUGCCCUUUUUGUGGAAAGAGUUACAAUCGUCAAGACAAAUUCAGAAAGCAUCAGAGCACUCACACUGGAGAGAAACCGUACAAGUGUUCACACUGCUACAAGCCAUUCAGUCAGCCAGAGUAUCUGAGAAAACAUGAGAGGAUCCACACUGGAGAGAAACCGUACAAGUGUUCACACUGCGACAAGAGAUUCAGCUUGUUAAAAACCAUGAAAACACAUGAGAGGAUCCACACUGGAGAGAAACCAUUCACAUGUACCGAGUGUGGGACGAGUUUCUCACAGUUAUCACACCUUAAUCAACACAUGAGGAUCCACACUGGAGAGAAACCACACGAAUGUGAUCAAUGCGGCAAGACGUUUUCAAGGCUUCCAGAUCUGAAGAAACAUCUUAGAGUCCAUACAAACGAAAAGCCGUACUCAUGUUCUGAGUGUGGAAAGAGUUUUAUGUGGCAAACAAGCUUAAAAUUACAUCAGAAGAUCCACACUGGUGUGAGAGAGUUCGACUGCUUAGAGUGUGGGAAGACUUUUAUUACAGUCGGAGACUUGAAACGACACCAGAGGAUUCACACCGGAGAGAAACCGUACGUGUGUUCACACUGCAACCAGACUUUCAGACAUUCAGGAAAUCUGAAAUCGCAUGAGAUGAUUCACGCUGGAGAGUUUCACGCAGUUAUCAUACCUUAAUAAGCAUGCAAAAUCUAAGAUUUGUGUAUGUUAGUAAACUCCUGUUAUUUAUAAGUGAGGUUAGCGUGUACACUCAUUAACAAUAAGUCUAAUCGCUCCAUAAAAUAACAAUCCAGGAACAUACUGAAAUACUCAUUGCUUUGACUCCAGUAUGUGUCCAAAAUCCAAAAAACUAAACAAUUUAUGCCUCAAAUAUAUUCAAUAAGUAUGUGUCCACCAAAGUAUAGUCAUGUUGUAUUGUUCUGAAUCAAUGUAGUUUUAGCAGCAAUAAGAUUAAUCAAUAAUCUUAAUCUUAAUAAUUAAUCACAGUGGCUCAGAGCUGAAGGUCGCUGAUUCAAGUCCUGCCUGGGCCAAUUGGCAUUUCUGUGUGGAGUUUGCAUGUUUUCACUUGUUGGCGUGGGUUUUCUCCGGGUGCUCCAGUUAUCCCAACAGUCCAAACACAUGCGCUAUAGGGGAAUUGAAUAAACCAAAUAUGCCAUAGUGCAGGGGUCACCAAACUUGUUCCUGGAGGUCCGGUGUCCUGCAGAUUUUAGCUCCAACCCUAAUCAAACUCGGCUGCAAAAGCUAAUCAAGGGCUGCAUCCGAAACCGCAUACUUCCAUACUAUACAGUACGCUACAAUCAAUAUGUGAGCCGAGUAGUAUGUCCAAAUUCAUAGAAUUCGAAAAUCAGUGUGCGAGAAGUACCCGGAUGACUUACUACUUCAGGCGAGAUUCUGGAGUGCGCAUCCCAUGCACACUGCGCUAUCCCAUAAUGCCCCACAUGAGAAUUCAUGAAUGGAAGUGAAGCGACGCAACUGACGAAGGUAGGUCACGUGACCAUGACAAAAUGGCGGAUGUGGUACAUCCGAAUUCCAUUCAUACUUCUCACAUUCAUACUGUAUAGAAAGUACUUUUCUAACGGCCGAGUAGUACGUCUAAAUUCAAAUGCAGUACCUACUGUGUAGUAGGUGAAUUCAGACGCAGCCAAGGUCUUACUAGGUGUACUUGAAGCACCCAGGGAGGUGUGUUGAAGCAAGUUGGAGCCCUCCAGACUGAGAUUGGUGACCCCUGCCAUAGUGUAUGAGUGUAAAUGCGAGA